UCUAGAAUUUGAGCUCGACUUUCUCUCGCGCCAACUGUAAAAUACAUCUCACUUUUAUUAUCUUUUUUUUUAGACCACUGUCACAUGUCCUCCUCUAUGGAGACAGGCCUGUUUGCCUGAAAGAUACUUUUACACUUGAAAGUGUCCUAAUAAGGCGAAUACUCCUUUAACUCAACUGAAGAUUCUGAUACGAACAACUCUGUCUACUGACGUGAUAGCUAGUAUUCCAUGAAUACCUUCCCGUGAAACCAGUAUCCCAUUUUGCUGUAGCAAUGGCAUUCAGCUUCGGAAACGUGGGACAGACAGCUGGGGACGCCGCCCAAGGGCCACCGGAACCUAUUCAGACCGAAGCCCUCGGAUUCCUGUCGUUGUCUGGUGAUGCUAAGCUACAUUUAACAUCACAGUGGUCUCCGCCCCCCGUCAAUAAUGCUUCCCUUCUCAGCAUCGCGUCGCGACAAGGUCUCGUUGCUGCCGCUGGUCCUGAUGGUGUUGUGCUAGCCUCUACGGAAGCUGUUCGAAAAGCGUUCGAUAGCCCUAAAGAUGGCGACAAUGACGUCCGAGCUUUCGAGCCUCCACUAACGUUACCUUUACCUCUCCGAAUAUGUCAAUUAACUUUUACAACUGACGGAGCCUAUCUGAUAUUGUCGGCCGAGGAAGGCGGAGGCUUAGCAGUAUAUGAGACCCAAGCCCUGCAACAAGGCUCGACCAAGGCCGCUUUCGAAAUACCCACGAAUGGCGAAUCACUCAGGGCUUUGAUACCAAAUCCUAGCCUGGAGAAGAGUGAACUAUGCGCCGUUGUGACGAAUGAAGGCAAACUUUUGAUGGCAAACAUGAAGGAACGUGGUUUUAUAUCGCGACCCUCCGGUCAGGUCUUGAGAGACCAAGUUAGCUGUGUCGCUUGGAGUAAUAAGGGAAAGCAGUUGGUGGCUGGCCUUGGUGACGGUACUAUACAGCAGAUGACACCUGAUGGUGAAGUCAAGGCGAAUAUCCCUAGGCCACCGGAUUUGGAUGCAAAUUACUUUGUUUCGUCUUUAGUUUGGCUCGAGAACGAUCUUUUCCUAGCAUUCCAUGUGCUUGCUUCAGAUGAGUCUCCCCAGACUAGAUGCCAUCUGAUCGCAAGACAAGGGGAGAAUUUCCAAUUCCAAAAGCUUAGCGACCCCGUAGAGCCCUUUGGCAACAACCGGACUCCCCACCAUACUCUUGUGCGACUGAAAGACUUCCCCCCAAAUCUUCAAGACCUCCUCAUUUGCUCCUCGACAGCUAGAGAAGACAUUGGUCUUUUUACGCGUUCGAAGACGCCGCUGGCCCCGGGUGCUCCGUCGGGUAUCUUCACUACUACCGAGUUGGCCGAUGAUUCUAAACGGGCUACUUUACCAAUGGGUGAAGGCAUGGAGACUCCGGCAGUAAUUGGUACAGCUCUCGAUUUAUCUAGCCGAGAGAAGGUUUAUAAACCUAUACCAACUGAUGAGAUAGAUCAAUCGCCUGGCCCAUUACCAGGUUAUUGGGUUUUGAAUGCCGAAGGCAUACUUUCAGUUUGGUGGGUUGUAUAUUCCGAAUCUAUUAGGGGAGGAACUACGUAUCCGGGGAUUGUAGCUGCAGAAGGCAAUACGGCAAGCUCUAACGAAACGACGACCCCUAAACCCGUCCAACCAACCCCAUUCGGGGCCUCGAAACCCACUACUUUUGGAGCCCCGUCAGCGGCAGCAGGGACGGCGUUUGGUAGCACCUCAGCAUUAGGUUCAAAGAGUUCACCCUGGGGGGCUCAGCCUUCCUCUGGUGAUGCCAGCAAGCCUGCAUUUGGAUCGAGUACUUUUGGCGCUGGUGCUGCUGCCACGGCGCCGAAAUUCGGUACACCUUCGUUUGGUACAUCAAGUUUUGGUACCAGUCCCGCACCGGCAUUUGGGCAAUCUAGUGGGCUCGGCGUAAGAUCUUCACCUUGGGCUUCAGGGUCUGCCUCAUCUAGCACGCCUGCUUUCGGUCAGUCGGGCUUCGCUAGCAUCGCUAACAACUCUAGUAAUGCGGGCGGAGCUAUGGGAUCAUUCGCAGGCUCAAACCCUAGUGCCGUGAAUUCAAGCAGUGGGUUUGCUAGUUUCGCAAACAAGGGCGGCUUUGCUUCCAUUGGAACUAAUAAUGCUUCUAGCGGAUCGAGCAUAUUCGCAUCCACGAAGCCGGAUACACCUGAUGUCUCUAUGGACACGGAUACUAACUCCAUAUUCCGGGCCCCAAGCUCUAAGCAAAGUACGGGGACUGGAAGUGUUUUUGGGUCACAGCCGUUCAAAUUGACGUCUAGUUUUCAACGUGAUCCGAAUGCGGGAGAUAAUGACACUGACGAAAAGACACCGAAGACGGAGAAAUCGUUAUUCGGCUCGGGCUUCGCAGCUACAAUAGAUGAAGCAGCAAAGCCUGUAGCCGCGAGCCCAUUCGCGACCGGGACACAGAGUCCCUUUUCGAAGCCAGCGCCAUCAUCGAACGUGGAGUCAACUACGCCAACGUCGACACCCGCGCCGUCGAAAUUCAUGUCCCCCCUUUCGACGGCGUCGCAAAGCAAAGGAAUCUUCGGAUUUCAACCGAAAACUCCUAGCGGCCUUAGUAGCGUUUUCGGAUCUUCUGUCUCUCAGACACCAACAUCUGAAACUCCUCAAGUGAAAGCGGAGCCAGAAACUCCUAAGCCCCUUAAAGGCGACUCCUCGACAUCAUCUGCCACCUCAGAAAUCAAAGACACGCCUCCCAGGGCCGAAGAUGUACCUUUACCUCCCGAUUUCGCCGAUUCAACUCCCAAGCAAGCGGAUCAGGGGACCUCACGCAAAGCGUUACCUGUUGUUGACAAUAGUGCGCCUCUGCCACCUGAUCCUGUCUAUAAUAAGAAGGCGUACGACGCUCCUCUACCCCCGUUGCCUGGGACUGUUACCAAGCCCAAACCUGCCGAUGACUCGCCCCUACCACCGGAUCCUGUAAAGCAGCCGAAAGCUUACGAAACUAAGUUACCCGCUCUUCCCAUUGCUAAGCCAGUGUCUGAAGUCAUUGGACCUGGUUUCAAAUUUCCAACAAACCCUCCUCCUGUUCCGUCAGAUAGUGAGGAUGACCUAGCUGAAGAGGAGGAAGAUGAAGAGGAAGGCACUGAGGCCGUCAGUGAAGGUAGCGGUGUCGAUGUUGCUAAAGAUCUCAGCCCUUCUAGUACGGGUAAUAAUAAGACCCCCGGGUUUACACCCCAAAGCUCAUUCGAUGGUUUAGCAGGAAGUUUCUCUACCAUAUCCCGCCCAGAUCAAGACCGGCGAAGCGUCUUUGGCGAAUUGAGCCGGAACGCUCCAAUUUUCCCCCAACCAAACCCUGUUAGUCCACGCUCACCAAGCCCAGUGCGAGGCUCAGUACCGACGAGAAUGCUCGGCAGGGACCAGUCACGAUCGUUUAGUGCGCCUGGUAUGGCGUCUCAAAUUCUUGGGGCAUCUAGACGACAGCAAUCCCAAGUCGGUCCCUCAGUUUCCAACGCCGCCUAUCUUGAAGAUAUGAUUGAGAAGCAACGGAAAGCAAAGGCGAAAAAAGAAGCCGAGGAAAAACAGUUGCUUCUUGACGAAGAGGAUGAUGCUGUUCAAAAUCUACUGAAAGCAGAACCGAAGCCAACGUUUGAGCUUGACGAAUUUAUCGCACAUCCGGGUACAGUACCACCAGCAGGUGAUAGUGUGCCUUCGCAAGUCGAGGCUGUAUAUCGAGACAUCAACUCAAUGAUUGAUACUCUUGGUCUUAACGCACGAUCUCUCGCGAACUUCAUUAAGGGGCACAAAGAGCUCUAUGUCAAGGAGUAUACAAGACAUGACUUGGCUGUCCCGGAUGACUGGACCCUAAACGGACUUGAGAGCUUAGCUCACAUCAUCGACGAUGAUCUCACCAAUGCUCUCGAGGGAGCGAGAGUGAGAGACGUGGCAGGGAAGCUUGCAGAAUGCGAAGAUAUCCAACGUGAGCUUACUCGCGAUCGUAACAAGCAAGCGGAUCUCAAGAAAAUUAUUAGCUCGCAUGUUGAUCCAGAACAGACUAUUGCAAAUCGUAGUUUACCUCUUAGUGCCGAGCAGGCGGCGCAACAGAGUGAUUUACGACGAGAAUACGCAAAGUUUACAAAGCUAUUAACGGAGGCAGAGGAAAACUUAACUCUGCUCAAGGCUAAGAUCGUUUCUGCCAACAGCGCCAAUGGGAAGGGUGGUCCAACACCGACUAUCGAAGCGGUUGUGCGCACCAUUACUAAGCUGACCACCAUGGUCGAGAAGCGUAGCGGCGAUAUCGACGUCCUCGAGAAUCAGAUGCGGAAGCUAGGUGUCAGCUCACACGGUCCAAACAGCCGCGAGGGUUCGCCUUUUGCCACACCAAACGCUAAGAAACUAUCCGCGUCAGUAUUCUCUCCAGAACGCUCAAUGCGGGAGAGCACACCACAGCGUGGCAGCGUGUUCCGUCACUCUGUAUCAGGGAGCAUCGGCGGAGGUAUGUUUAACACUCCGCCGCGCAAGAAGCUGAGCGGCUUUGGAGACGCGGAGAAGAAGGCUGUGAAGGAAAAGCGGGAGCGCAGGACGGCUGUGCUCGGGAAACUUAGGGGUAGCCUCCAGAAGAAGGGCGCGGGUGUCUGGGCUGUGGAUGAUAUUGAAUAGGAAUCACGCAUCGGCAGGUAAUAGCUACGAUCACGAUCAAUGAUAAGAAUAAGUUACGAGAUCGGGGCUUUGUAUGUUCGAGUUUGUAGGUCGUAUUGGAUGCGGAAAUGUUUUACUAUAAGAAAUAUGCAUUUCUGAGGUA